GGAAUAUGGAGACGAGAGCUGAUGAUGAGGAAGCCCCGACCGACCCAGCAGCCAGGAAACAAACUUAUCACGAUUACACAGAGCAAGAUUUUGAAGGCCAUCGAGCCCACACAGUGUUUGUGGGUGUACACGUGCCCGCCCGCAGACACUCCCACAGGAAACACAAACACCACCACCGCAACGGGGAGAAGGAGAGCGAGAAACCAGGGCCCCCGAUAAUGUCUCGCGUCAGAAGAUUGAGCGUUACGGACGACGGAAAAACAUUGACUCCACCAGCACAGAGAGUACAGUUCAUACUUGGCGAGGAUGUCGAUGAUAGCACACUUGAAUCUCAUCCUUUAUUUUCCGAAAUGGAAGAAUUGGUCAAAGAGGGUGACGAACUGGAAUGGAAAGAGACAGCUCGAUGGAUCAAAUUCGAAGAAGACGUCGAAGAAGGGGGCAAUCGUUGGUCUAAGCCACACGUUGCCACUUUAUCAUUGCAUUCGCUUUUCGAGCUCCGCAGCCUGAUCCUAAACGGCUCUGUCAUACUGGAUAUGGAAGCUAGUUCACUAGAACAGGUAGCGGAUAAUGUAUUGAACAGCAUGGUGAACGAUGGGUCGCUUGGAUAUGACUCUAGGGAAAAAGUUAAGGAUGCACUGCUAAGACGUCACAGACAUCAACAUGAAAGACGAAACCACAAUAUGUCUAGGCUACCUCUAAUUAGAUCGCUGGCCGACAUUGGCCGCAAUCACUCCUCUUGUAAAAAUUUUCAGGAUGGUGGCUCUCGACGCUCCAGUUCGAGGAGUUGUCGAGGGUCCACCUCAUCACCUCACACGGCUCUACUCCAGGCAGCCGACGAAAGAGGCUGCUACCUAGCUGUUCCAGUGGAAGAAGGCGGUACAGCAAGUGGAAAUUCUCACAAAGGAGAAUUCAGUCGUUUCCUAGGCAUCCCUAACGCGGGUGGUGCCAGCGACGAAGGCAUGGUAAAGAGUCCAAGCAGCGUUUCAAUGAAUCGCCAUCAGAGUACAGGCGAUCUCCACUUGAACGGAGAUAUAAAUCAUAAGUGUAAUUUAAAUUUUAUGAGAAAAAUUCCACCAGGAGCGGAGGCCUCCAAUAUCUUAGUUGGAGAAGUCGAUUUCCUUGAAAAAACAUUAUCAGCAUUCGUAAGACUUAAGACCGGGACCAUUAUGGGUGAUUUAACAGAAGUACCAGUCCCGACCAGGUUUAUGUUCGUUCUAUUAGGACCGCCAAACAGCAAUUCGAGUUUUCAUGAAAUCGGCCGUGCUAUGGCCACAUUGAUGUCCGAUGAAAUAUUUCACGAAGUCGCUUACCGAGCUAAAAAGAGGGAUCAUUUAUUAGCUGGCAUAGAUGAAUUUCUCGAUGCUGUCACGGUUUUACCACCAGGUGAGUGGGACCCGGCCAUCCGUAUAGAACCACCAGCAGCUAUACCCUCGCAAGAUCCUCGGAAGCGUCCUAAUGAUAAUCCUAAAGAUGAAUUAGACGAAGAAGAAGAGGAGCAAAAACAAAGAGAAGAGUCAGGAUUAGCAAGAACAGGACGAUUAUUUGGUGGCCUAAUAAAUGAUCUUAAAAGAAAAAUGCCAUGGUAUUGGUCGGACUUCAAAGACGCUUUAGCUCUACAAUGCAUUGCCUCGUGGAUAUUUUUGUAUUUUGCAUGUCUAUCACCCAUAAUAACUUUUGGCGGACUACUUGGCGAGGCGACUGGAAAGAAUAUGGCAGCAAUGGAGUCUUUAGUAUCAGGAUUUGUCUGUGGAAUGGGCUAUGGUUUCUUUUCCGGACAACCGUUAACGAUUUUGGGCUCGACGGGUCCGGUAUUGGUUUUUGAAACGAUUGUAUUUGAAUUUUGCAGACAAAUAGGUUGGAAUUAUAUGUCGUUUAGAUUUUGUAUUGGGACGUGGAUCACGGUUAUUUUGAUCAUAUUGGUCGCGAUCGACGCAAGUGCGCUUGUUUGUUACAUAACAAGAUUUACAGAGGAAAAUUUUGCCACAUUAAUAGCCUUCAUUUUCAUUUAUAAGGCAGUUGAAAACGUUAUAUCUAUAGGAAAGAAAUAUCCUAUGAAGACACGCGCCGACGAAGGCUUCAAUUACGAGUGUUAUUGUUUACCAACCAAUUAUUCUAGAGUACCGGAGCAAUUUAAUUGGUCCACUGUUGAUAAGGAGGCUUGUCAGUUAAACAAUGGAACGCUAACGGGAGAAGGAUGCCAUACAAAGGAAUAUGUACCAGACGUUUUUCUGAUGUCCAUAAUACUGUUUCUGGGAACUUUCACAAUUUCAAUUAUAUUAAAGGACUUUAAAAACUCACUAUUCUUUCCAUCGAAGAUAAGACAGGUCAUAAGCGACUUUUCAGUUAUUAUUGCUAUAUUAUCAAUGUCAUUCUUGGAUUAUAAAGUUGGGGUCAAAACUCCCAAACUCGAAGUACCAUCCGAAUUAAAGCCAACGUUGCCCACGAGAGAUUGGGUUAUUACACCAUUCAAUGGAAACCCGAUAUGGUCAGCCUUGGCAGCCUUACUGCCCGCACUAUUGGGCACCAUACUUAUUUUCAUGGACCAACAAAUAACUGCUGUUAUCGUGAAUCGUAAAGAGAACAAACUGAAGAAAGGCUGCGGCUACCAUUUGGAUUUAUUCGUUUUGGCCAUAUUAAUACAAAUCUGUUCCGUUAUGGGUUUGCCGUGGUUCGUAGCGGCCACGGUUCUUAGCAUUAAUCAUGUGAAUUCGUUGAAAGUUGAAUCGGAGUGUGCGGCUCCCGGAGAAAAGCCGCAAUUUCUAGGAGUCAGAGAGCAAAGAGUUACCCAUAUACUGAUUUUCUUGACCAUAGGCUGCUCGGUUGUAUUGACACCGGUUUUAAGGAACAUUCCCAUGCCGGUACUUUUUGGAGUCUUCUUGUAUAUGGGUGUAGCGUCACUGAAAGGCUUACAAUUUUUCGAUCGGAUUCUGAUAAUGUUUAUGCCUCAAAAAUACCAGCCAGACCACAUGUUUUUAAGACAGGUACCUAUACGACGCGUCCAUCUUUUUACCGCAGUACAAUUAACCUGCCUCGUUUGCUUGUGGGUAAUAAAAUCUUUCUCUCUAACGUCGAUUUUAUUCCCUUUAAUGUUGGUCGUUAUGAUUGGAAUAAGAAAGUCAUUAGAUUGCUUCUUUACGAGGAGGGAACUGAAAAUACUGGACGACGUGAUGCCGGAAAUGACAAAGCGAAAUCAGGACGAGCUGCGAGAACUUGGCGGUGCUGAGGAAUCAAAUAAGAGCAAUCCUCCAGCAUACCAAGAAAACCUACAGAUACCACUUAUUAAUGGAAAUAUUAUGAACAUACCACUCACCUCUAUAAAUAUCUCAGAGGAGGUAAACAAAACUGGUAUAUGGAAACAAGUUAAUAGCAAUAAUAAGAGUCGUAACGAUCAUAAGAAUAAAUCCGGAAAGAAAAAUAAUAAACACAAAAAAAAUAUGUCGAAAAAUGCACAAACGGAAAUCGAAAGGAGACUGUCCGUAAUGGACGAAGUCGAAGAAGACGAUCCAUCGGUUAAGGUGUGCGUCAUUGACACCAAAUUUUAACGAGCAUGUAUAGAUCUCGUCAACGACUAUUAUAAGAGCGAUAUUGUAAGGCGCAAGGACUCGUGGAGCGGUGGAAUCAAAAAGAGUGAAUCUGGAAAAAAUAAUACGUCUGCCGAAACC